AUGCAGCGCUGGAGAAGCUACGACGCUGCGUCGAGAUCUUCGACCGAUACCCUGGACUUUCCCGCUUCUUCAUGGGGACAACGGAAAGACUUUGCUCUGGACGGAACUUGGACUUCUCGUCUAUGGUGUCCUCGGAAGGCGGUGCGGGUACGUCUGGAGCUGAGCCAGUCGGCGGUUGUGAUGACCGCACGCGCGACGAUGCACGCCAACAGCACGCGGAAGUUGUCGCACACACGGUGGCUCAAGCUGCACAGGUGUUGGCUUCAACGCCUUGUCAUGCCCAUCCGGCAGAUGCAGCACACACAGACCCCACAGCAGUCACCACUAGCUUAAAAGACGCCUACAGGUGUGGUGCGUACAGCAUUCAAGUUCUGGUGACGAUCCGACAAUCAUGGAGGGAGAACUCUGUGGUGAUGUGGU